AUGACGCUUCGCUUCACCUCUGCCAGUUCGUCUUCUCCAAUUGAAGAGUCAACUGGUUUCGUCUCUGUGCAAUUCAAGGAGCUAGCUCAGGCUUAUGAGGUUCUCAGCGAAGCGGAGAAGCGUGAGAUCUAUGAUCUGUACGGUGAGGAUGCGCUCAAGGAAGGAAUUGGUGGUGGAGGCGGUGGUCAUGACCCCUUUGAUAUCUUCUCCUCUUUCUUUGGUGGUGGUGGUGGACACCCUUUCGGAGGUGGCAGCAGCCGUGGAAAGAGGCAGAGGCGUGGUGAAGAUGUUGUUCACCCUCUGAAGCGGGUGAGUACUUUUUUAAAGGAAUACAACAAGAAAGAUUUUUUCUCUAAUACCUACACCAACGCAAAGCUCUUUGUGAUCAAAUCGUAUAGCGAAGAUGAUAUUCACAAAAGCAUCAAAUAUAAUGUGUGGUCCAGUACCUCUAAUGGCAACAAGAAGCUUAACGCUGCGUAUAACGAAGCAGCUGGAGACAAGUCCUCCUGUCCUGUUUUUCUCAUCUUCUCUGUAAACACAAGUGGGCAGUUUGUUGGUUUAGCGGAGAUGGUAUGACCAGUUGAUUAGAACCAGAUGGCGGAGUGCUGGCAGCAGGACAAGUGGGUUGGUUGCUUCCCUGUUAAGUGUCACAUCGUUAAAGAUAUCCUGAAUAGUUCCUUGAGGCAUAUUACGCUUGAGAAUGAUGAGAACAAGCCUGUUACUAAUAGCCAUGAUACACAGGAGGUAAAGAUAGAGCAAGGAGUCAAAGUAAUCAUUUUUUUUAAGGAACAUGUGAGCAAGACAUGCAUACUCAAUGAUUUUGUCUUCUAUGAGAAUUGUGAAAAUAUAAUCAAAGACUGGGAAAAAGAAACACCAACUGUAUAAAAGACAGCAAUCUUUUACUGCCAGUGACAAAAAGGCAACACCAAAAGACAAAUCUAAGGAAACCAGUGUGAUAGCAGAAGUGGCUGAAGAGAUAUCACAAAACAGUGUUGCAGAAGUUGCGAGCACAUGCUGAAUCGCAUGCUGAGUGCAGCAGCAAGCUGCUUACUUUACUUUGGAUGGGUUUUUUUGUCCGUUUUCUCCACCAAAUUUGCUCACUCUUUUCUUAGGAGUUUGGUUUUCUUUUGGUAGUUGGUUUUUGAAGUUGUAGAAGAUAUAUGAGUAAAAAUGAUUUCGAAGGCUAUAUAUAUAUUUCUUUUUCUUAAAAGUUCAAUGCAAAAAUAUAUUUUCUGUAUGUUUUUGUAACUUCAUUCACAAAAUUUCAAUCAGAAAAUAAAGGGCAUUGUAAUUGAGAAAAGAAAGAAAACAAAUCAACCUUUGUGAGCUAUUUGAACAAAUAAAUGUUGGAAACCAACUCUUGGUCGUCUCUCCGCCACUGGUGUAUCCCAUGAGCUUCCUUAUAGUCUUCAGAAGCAGUCCGGUUUACAAUCAGCUUAGCAGAUGGGAUGACGUGAACAGGCUCUUGCACAUCCACUGUAAAAUGCUUCAAAACAGUCAAAGAAAUAUGAUAUUAUACAUCAAUUCGCUGAAACAAAAUAAGUUAAAGGUUCACAUAUUACUUGACAGACAAGUUAUUUAUCAAACCACUAGAGCAUAAGAGACCAAAAAACUAACAACAUAGUUUUCCACUACAAAAAGGGUCACCCACAAUUGGCAAAGCCAAGUGAAUGACACUUUAAAAAACUUAAAACACAACACUGUUAACGGGACUAUGAAAUACAGCCGAUCAAUACCCGAACUUAACCCAAUACUUCUAACCGAAACACUACCAAUCCCACACAUUUUAAAAACAGCAGCAGGUUCAUGGCUUUAGACUCCAGUAUUAACCUUACCAUAUCGUAAUUAACUUUUUUUUUUGUUAUCCUAGAGAGACCAUCUAUUAAGUUAUAUUUGGCAGACUAAGUACGAUCUUGGUGGAUCUAUCUUUUGUAUCAUUUAAAAAUAAAUGAUAGAAGUUUGUAUCAUUUAAUUUUGUGAUACAAUUUACAUUUUUUUUUGUAAGAUCGAUUUGUUUUUUUCUCCUUUUUUUUUGUUUUCAUUUGGUUGUUAAUGCGAGCUUUGUAGUUUUUUGGUGGGGGUAGUGUUCUCUAUCGAAAUCUUAUUUACAUGUUUGUGGAACUUCCCUGACAUCUGACAUAUUUUGUUUACUAUUAAGAUUCUAAUUGUAAAUUUAUUUAAGAAAAAAAAUAUACGAACCCGGCGCGUAGCGCCGGAAUACCACUAGUUAUAAAUAGAAUGUCCAUAUCCUCCUGGCUACGAUAAAAAGAUAUUUGAAUACUUAAUAACUAAAUCUAACAAAAAAAAUAAACAAAAAACACAUCCAUUAAUCAAUGCUUUUAAUUAUAAAUGGGAGAUGAUGACAAAAAAAAAUGAUAAAUGGAAGAUUUUUUUUAUCUUAAAAACCAGGUCUAUCAAAAUAAAUGUGAGCUCAUGAGCUGAUUCAGCUCAAUUCAUUUUCUUACUAGCACAAGUUAUGGUUUUAAACUCAUUUAUUAAAAUAAGUUUAAUGAUCGAGUUUGAAUUAGCUCGCAGAUUAUAGUAAAUGUAAAUUAUAAUAAUGUUUUUGUCAGACUCGAAGUUGAUUUAGCUUGCGGAUUAUAGUUUACAUUUAUUAUUAUAUUUACUUAUAAUAGAUCACGAGCUAACACAUUUAAUUUGUAAUCAAAAUAAUCUGAGUUUUAGUUUACAUAUUGAAAAUCAUAUACUCCCUCCGUUUUUUUUAUAAGUCUCAAUUUGACAUUUUUCACACAUAUUAAAAAAGUGAUUGAAAUGUAUUUAAUUUUUUUAUUAACUACACAUAUUUGACCAAUAGUAUUUGAAUUAAAUAAAAUUAUUUAUUAAAUCAAUGAAGUUUGUAAUUAAUUUUCAGCUGAAAGUAGAUCUAAUUUGCAUUAAAAUUUUAAAAUGAUAUUUUUAUGUAACAAGUAAAUAAUGUUAGAAUGACACUUAUUAUAAAACAUAGAGAGUAAUAAAUAAAUCGAACUUCGAAUUUACAUAUUGAAACUCAUAUAAUAAAUGAAUCUAGCUGAGCUAACUCAUGAAUGAUCCAAAUUCAUCACCAGUUUAGCUGAAUUGAGUGACCUAAAUCAUUUUGACAUUGUAUUUACUAGGUGCACCAUCAUCCCAUUGUUGUACCUAUUGUUAAUUUAAUAUUUAAGUGUUUAAAUAUUAACAAAAAUGUAAAACAGAAAUGAGAAAUAAUAUUUAACAAACAUUAACUUCGUUAUGGCAGCAAAUGAUGACUUUUUAUACAGAUUAUUUUUUGUUAUUAAAAUAUCUUAACAUCUAAGUAUCAAUCAUAACUCUGCAAAAUUGUUGUAAUUAAUAAAACCUAUAUAAUGACGUAGUCAUCAUAUGCGAUUCUUAAAAUACCAAGUAUUAUUAUCUGAUCCAAUUCGAGAUAUAUUCUUAAUCUGUUCCAAAAACUUGGAUAACUAAGAAGUUUGAUCCGGAUUCAGAUAAUAAAAUUUCAUUUCCGUGAAAACUGGAUCGGAUUCUGGAUAUCUAAAAUUUUAAAUCUGAAUACGCAACUUGGAUCUGUUUUUAAUAUACUAAAAUUUUAUAUUUUAUUAAUAUGAUUUUAAUUUUGAAUUUCUAUGAUAUAUUUUUUCUAAAAUGUUAUAUAAAUUUUUAGAGUUAAUUUUUUUUAAAUUGUAUAUAACUUUUAUUUCUUUUUUAUAAAUCUGAAUCUGAAUAUCUACAAAUAUCAAAAAUGCUUAUAAGGAUAUUCGAUAGCCAGAUAUUCAAAAAUCACAGAUCGGAAUUCCAAUAGUGCAAACACGGAUUCAUAUUUGAUAUUCUGAAAUAUUCAAAUCCCAAGCUUACAGUUUCGGUCUUGAUUUUGAUUAUCACCACCACAGUGACGCAUGAACACAAAAGCGGAAGAAGACAUAAGCUAAUUAUUAUGUGUAAAAGGAGAAAAUGUGAAGUGCAUGAAAAAUUUAAAAUAAAAUAAAGAGAACGCAUUAAAUCUUUCAAAUGUUUGCAGGAGAGUGGGUGAAAUUUGAGUCAGAACUUAGAAGAACCGAGACAGACAAAAAAUAACUAUUUUGAGUAAAAUAAUAGAGAAAAUAUGAGUGUGAUAAGUUUCAAAAAAAAAAAAAAA